CCGACGAAUGUUUUUACAAACUUGAUUGCUAUUAUGUGAGGCCCUAAGCUAAGUCGGUAGAGUUAUUUGCUUUCACUCAAUAUCUCAACCGCCAUCAAUAGGUUUAACCCGUAAUCAUUCAUUCCUAAUAACCCAUCUCUUGCCAAAACCUUUUGCCCUUCGUCUCUUCCGGGAGGAAACGCUCAUUGGUAUACUCUGGAGAUCUUCUCAUUGGCAGUAGUGUCACAACGCUUAUACUCCCACUCCUUGACUAAUACACAGUACGCGUACGGCAGGGUUUCGCUGAUCUUGCCGAUAGCCCAAGACGAAGUAAGCUUGGUAAAGUGUAUGUCUUAGUAGAGCUCAUCGAAGUCGACGAUGAUUUUACGAAUCUGGGUAGGUGUUUUAAGCUUGAGAGAACUGAUUAGUGCUCGAGCGCGAUCCGAUAAGACGUCGUUUGGUGUCUGGUCAUUCAGUUCUUUGAUAAUGACCUUCAAUGCGAUUGCGGGUGACUUGGAAUCUCGAGCUUCCCAGCAUACCCAUUGUUCGACAGCCGCGCGGAGGAGGGCGUGGGCCGAGCGCGAGGCCACGUCGUAGUCUUUCCAUUCAUCGAGGCGAAUGUUGUAAAGGGCUAGGUGGUACUCCCAG